AUGGAUGAGACAGACAACGCGGUGGGCCGUAUGGGUUUGCCCCUGAGAGACUUCCGAGGAGCCGCCGAGGCCCGCCACGAUGCUCUGCGCCGGCGCGAUGGCUCAGAGAGCACGCAGCUCCAGAGGAAGAAGAACGACUUGCUGCGGUGGCUAGCCGACAUCAGCGCCGCGCAGGGCGACACCACGCCGGAGGAUAUCGAACGUGAGGAGCUCGUGGCGUUCUUCAAGGGGCUCUCACGGCAGGUGUCGCCGCGAACGAGAUGCGCGGGCACGCUCUCCGGCGUCGUGACGAUGCAGCUUGGUGGUGAGGAGGAGGAGGGGGAGUGCGGUAAAGCGAGCCUCGCCAUGCAGGCGUCGCUGCUGAGCCCCGCGAGCGUCCCCGCAGGAAAGACGCUAUGGGAGUCGCCCUCAAGCGCACCACACACCGCCCGUUCAUCGCAGCAUGGCGGCGCCACCGCAUCGAGGCUGAGCUGCGGUGCGGUGAUGAGCGGCACGAGUGGCUACUCGCCGGCGCGGGGCCCGCAGCAGCAGCAGCAACAGUCGCCAAUGCUCGGCGCUGUGCUAGAGCGAGGCAGCACGUAUCCCACGCUCGACGGAAAUGGCAGCAGUAACAGCAACAACAACAUUGGGAGCGGCAGAUGCGACAGAAGGAGCGCACCUGAGCUGCUACUGUUGUCCCCAACACCGUUGAUGUUGACUCCCGCACCCGUUGCGCUGUGUCUGACGCCGUUGGAACGGUCGGGCAACACCGGCGACGCGACAACAUACGUGGAGAGCAGCUACGCCACACCACCGCGCCAGCGCAUUCCACCGGCAAACACUCGCUUCGGACGCCCGCCGUCCACGCCACACCGUGAGAGAUGCCGUCAAUACGCCACUCCAGUGGACGGCAGCAGCAGUAGCGGCGUCGUAGAUGCAACGAACGGUUCACUCCAGCUGCUGAAACUCAGCCACCCACCAAAGCUGUGCCCCCCGUACGCCGCACGACUGCUUGAUCGCGCAACGGAGCGAUACGUAGCAGCAGCACCAAUGACCACGAGAGCAACGGCUACCACAACACCAGCAACAACAGUAAAACACGGUGACCAAUGUCAUUCCGCUGGUGAAAACAGCUUCAAUGAUGACGGGACCUCACAUCAACCUAAACAGCAAUGA